CCCGAACACCCGGGACUGAGAAAGGUUUCAUAUCAAAAAAUGAUUUAUGGAAAAUAUUAAUAAUGAAAGGGCGCAAGAGAGUAAGAAGAUCCUCAUGAUUGAUACGAGGAAAAUAGUUAUUAGGCAUAAGGUCAUUAUAGUUCGGCUACUCCUGCGUGUAAAGGGUAGUGAAGAACUCAAUGAUUAAGUCCCGCAAAGCCAUCAGAUCCUUCACCCAAUUCCCGUUGGGAUCUCGUAGAGUAAGAAUUUUGUUCCUCCUCCUGCUUCUAUUGGCCUGUUGAUGGAAGAAAGAGGUAUUAUGCUCGCCAAACUUGUCCCAGUUCUCUUUUCCACGCUUAAACCAAAUCACUUCCUCUUGAGCGAGGAAGUCAUCCAGUUCUUUCUCCAGUUUAGUUUGAAGUUUCAGCCACCUCGGGGCAUUGGACGCGUUGAUACGAUUUUGGAUCCCCUAAACCUGGCCAACAGCCUUCUCUUGCGAUCCCUAAUGAUACCGAAAGUGAGUUUGUUCCGCUCUUGGAGCUUGGAUGCAAUAUCUUUUAAUCCUUGAUGGAGAUCAGCAUCGGGAUUCCAGGCACCUGUAAAAAAAUAAAAUAAAAACCUCUCGUGGAGAAGCCAGGCCAUCUCAAAGCAGAAUGACUUGGAUCCUCCCAUAUUGUUAGAAGGGCUCAAAAAGAUAGAUAGGAUAGUCAUGUUUGCAAAGGUUUGGGGAGAUGAAGGACAGUUGUGUUUGCAAAGGUUCCAUUCUAAGCUGAGUUGCAGAGCGAGAGAUCAAUGUAGCUAGCCUUUUGGUUUGCUGGAGAAUCGCCUCUGAACCAUAUGAAGCGAGAACCUGAAAAAUCCAAAUCGAAAAGGUUAGGGUCAUUAAUAAAUUCAUGAAGCGUUGACACUGGCAAAGCUAAUGGAGAGGGGGAGAGCGGAUUCCUGCAACCUUAUCGUUAGCUCCUUCUUCAAUUCCUUUUUCGCAGUCUGGGUCAAUUGAACCGGCUUCUUGGAGGAUUUGAGGUUAAGACCCUUAUUCUUUCCCUAAUUUGGUCAUGUGUUGGCUAAAUUUCUUCGGUAAUGGUGUCGAAUGGAGGAGCUCUCAUUUUGAUUGUUGUUUUCCUUCUCAGGGCGCUCCAAAGGCAGAACACUCAUCACUUGGAUCUGGGUGUUGUUUGGGCCCAGGAUUCUUGUGACUGGGAGUGAAGGCUCCUAAGUGCCAGAUGGGCUGGCUGAAGUAGACUUUUCUAACGAUGGGGACUGAGUUCCUUUGAGAUCACAACAUCCUUAGGCCCAACUAGUCGGAAGGUUUGACUUUCUCCAGCCUUUGUAGCCGAGAUGGGAGUUCCAGUCGGGACGAAUGCUUUCCCUUUAUGGGUGGCCAAAACCUCUGCUUUGCCAUCGUUUUUCCUUUUCUUUCUGGUGGGAUACUUGCCACCAUAUUUGAAGAGUUUCCUUUAGUGAGCAGUUUAACGUUGGAGCGCCCAAUCUCCGGGGUUCAGCUCGUCCGUUUGCCGUGAUUUGGGUCUUUAUUGGAGGAAACUAUCUUAUUGGGUUCCCGUGAUUUGAGGACCACUUGCAUCUACGGCCCGUAUCUCGUCAAUGAUUUGUCCGUAUCUAUCCCCCCGAAGCUGAAGUUUUUCGUUUGGAGGGUGACCAGAGGGGCCAUGGCUUCUAAAGAGAAUCUAUUUGCGAGGAAAUGCUCUGCUUCGAAGGUGUUCCCGAUCUGUGCUUUCCCUUCUGAAUCGAUUCAUCACUACUUAUUCACCUGCCCACACGCGGCUGAAGGAUGGAAUCAGGAAUGGCCAUCAUUGCCUCCACCUGCUUCCCUCACUCCCUUCCUGGAUUGGUUGGAUUCCCCUCGACACAGCUUCUCGAUCAGCUCGAUUCAGAAGAUUAUUUUUCUCGUAUGGCAGACUUGGAAAGCGAGGAACGAGAAAAUUUUCAAAAGUACUGCCCCAUGGUCCCCCUCCACAAUCUCAAAGGCAGGUUUGGCGCAUCAUCAAUGGACCACGUGCCCCAGGAAACAAACCAUAGGUCCCCCAUCAUCUCAGCUCAUCUCACCCCAAGAGCACUCUUCAUCACCGCCAGGUACUCAUGACUCAUGACAAGGCAAGUAAAAGCCAAAAUAUAGACUAAAGGAAAGACCUCCAGGGGCAAAACAGAUUCCCACCACGAGCAGAAACAAAAGCAGACAGCAGACGUCUUCAUCUGUCAGUCUGAACAAUCAGCCUUGGCAAGCUGACCCCCCAUAUAUAAUCUCUCAUGAUCCUAUCAAGCUUGAUGGGUGGUCCUUCUAGUUCAUCACUACAACAAAUUCGGCCUAUUAGGACAAAAUUUUUAUUUUGUCAUUUUCUGUUUGUCACAAUAGGUACGGUGAUAUGACUAAAAUUAUAUAUGUCCUAUUUGGUUUGCCUAAUGUGACAAAAAUAAAAUUGGUCAGAAUAAGUCGUCAUUUAAAGU